AUGGGCGCUUUCGUUUUCUCGCACGUGCAUUAUUUUCCUCUUUUCUUCACACGUCUGUCAACGCAACUGCUAUUGCGCAAAAUUAGCGGCAAGCGUCUUAUUUCACGCAAAGAUUUAACUAUACAAGCACUUUCAUUCGCCAAUAGCGGAACGGCGCUACUGCUGACGCUACUGGCGUUGGCGGGCGGGCUGCAAUAUGAGCCGCUUGACGCGUACGCGAAGGGUGCCGAAGGGUGUGCAUUGAUCCUCGACGGCCCGGGACGUAGCAGCCUCUACGAUUACACUCUCAACUUGCUGCGCGCCGUCGCCCCAGCAGCGCACGGAUCGCAAACUUGCAUCACUUACGAAGCCGUUGAUCGGGCCUUCAUCGAAGCCUCCAAGCGAAUUUAUGUGACCGUUCCCGGAGACGGCCAAUGGAAGCCCGAAUAUCUCGCCAGCGUCGGGGAGUUGCUUCUCGACAUCUCGACGAAUCUUGCUCGAACAUACGGCUUGACGGUGGACCAGGUGGAGAACGGCCUGCCCCUCGUUGACACGUCGAAAACGCUCAUCCGCGACGUGUGUCCGGCAUUCUUGCACAGCAUCGAGUGCAGGCCCGGCAAGUACCGUCGAUUCGAUGGGCUUUGCACCAAUUUGGAAAAUCCAACGUGGGGCGCAAGCCUCUCGCCGUUCGUCAGAUUGCUGAGCCCACGAUUCGCGGACGGUAUGAACGCGCCGAAGAUGUCCCUGACGGGCAGUGACCUGCCGCUGGCCCGCGUGGUUUCUAGGACUAUGCAUCCGGACGACGGUUUCCACGACCACGCUGGCACAGUUAUGGUGAUUGCGUGGGGUCAAUUUAUGGACCACGAUUAUACUCUCACCGCCACUCCACUCGAUCCAAGAAAUCGCAACGACCCGGAGGAAUGCUGCAAUCUUCCGCCGGAGAAAAAGAACCCGUACUGCAACGAGAUCAUCAUUCCCGAAGACGACUACUUUUAUCGGCUGUUCAACUUGCGCUGCCAAGAUUUUGUACGCGCUUUUCCGGGUGUCAGACCCAACUGUCGUCUUGGCAGUCGCGUGCCCUUCAACCUUCUUACUGGUGUGCUUGACGGCAAUACCGUUUAUGGAAUCAGCGAUGCUUUCGCCAGCAAGUUGCGAAGUGGUUACGCGGGCCUGUUGAGAAUGAAUCCCGUGUUCGAGGAGUACGGUCUGAAAGACUUGCUGCCGUUAAAACUGGACAUCCCGGACGAAGGUUGCACUCGUCCGAACCGCUCCAUGUACUGCUUCGAAGCCGGCGAGAUCAGGGUGAACGAGCAACUGGUGCUGACCUGCAUGCAUACGCUGAUGGCUCGCGAGCACAACAGGUUGGCCAAGGGUCUAGCGUUGGUGAACCCCCUUUGGGAUGACGAAACCCUGUUCCAAGAAGCCAGACGUAUCAACAUCGCCGAGAUCCAGCAUAUCACCUACAACGAGUUCUUGCCUAUUUUGCUCGGCAAGGAUGUCAUGCAGAAGUUCGGCCUAACUUUGGAUAAGGAGGGAUACUGGGAUGGAUACGAUCCGAAUGUCAACCCCGGAGUCAUUGAUGCCUUCGCAGCCGCGGCUUUCCGAUUCGGACACUCGCUGCUACCAACCGCCGUCGAAAGGUGGAGCAAAGCGCACAAAUUCAUUGCGACGAAGCGUUUGUCCGACCUGAUCAGGAGGCCGUUCGAUUUGUACAGAGCUGGCGUUUUCGACGAAUACAUCAUGGGUCUGGCUAAUCAAGUAUCCCAGGCUAUGGAUGACUCCAUCACGCAAGAGGUGACGAACCACCUUUUCAAGAAGGCGGGCGCCAAAUUCGGCAUGGAUCUGGUCUCGUUCAACAUGCAGCGCGGCCGCGAGUUCGGCAUUCCCGGAUACAUGGAAUUCAGGAAAUUCUGCGGACUGCCUUGGGCGAACACCUUCGAGGAGAUGUAUGGCUCGAUGCCUAACGAGACUAUCCAGCGCUAUCAAUCCAUUUUCGAACAUCCUGCGGAUAUUGAUCUUUGGUCGGGUGGCGUUUCUGAAAGGCCACUACCUGGAAGUAUGUUGGGACCGACUUUUGCUUGUGUUAUUGCUACUCAAUUUAGCAAUUCUAGGAGAGGCGACCGCUUUUGGUACGAACUUCCCAAUCAACCGUCGACUUUCACACCUGAACAACUGCAAGAACUUAGAAAAUCACACUUAGCCAGAAUUAUUUGCGACAAUACUGAUUUGAUCGACACUAUACAAGUUUAUCCCAUGGUUUUGCCGGAUUACGAAGUUAAUCCACGUGUGCCAUGCAAAAGUGGAAUUCUUCCAGGCAUCGAUUUGACGAAGUGGGCAGAAUAUCCACAGUCAGCGACCUACGCUCGAUCAUACGAUUUUACGAGACAAUUCGUGAAGUGAAAUGCUGUUAUUUCGUAAAAUAAUUGAUAACCGAUUUUUCAAUGU